GUAUGAUCUCUUGCAUCCACAAGACAGCAAUGAGCCUCAACCCCAGGAAGACAGUCCUUUUGGUCUGCGACGUCCAAGAGCGGUUCCGUGAGUGUCGUUGGCGAAAGAAGCAGGAACAUGGGCCAUGAUCCCACUUACCGUAUACGUCGUGUCCGAGCAGGAAGUGCCAUCUACGGUUUUGAGCCCCUUACAGCAAGUAUAUGCAAGCUGGUUAAAGCUUCCCAAGUACUCGGCAUUUCAAACUACGUGACUGAGCAGAACCCCAGAGCUCUGGGUCCUACAGUCCAGGAAAUCACUAGUUUGCUGGACGAGUCACCUGAUGAAAAGCUCAAUCUGGGCCGUUUUUCGAAAACAAAGUUUUCGAUGAUUACCGACGAGAUUUUUGAAGAUGAUAUAGGGCUUCCAAGGUACAAGAACUUCAUCUUGACAGGCAUUGAGUCGCACAUCUGUAUCACACAAACGGCCUUGGAUGCACUGAAAAUCACAGAAGCAGAGAACAUAUACAUACCCGUGGAUGCUGUGUCGUCGUGCAACAAAGAGGAGGUCCCGAUCGCACUAGACAAUCUUCGUCAACGAGGGGUUCAGAUCACGACCAGCGAAUCUCUCUUGUACAGGCUGUUGGGCGACGCCGACCACCCUCAGUUCAAGUAUAUCGCCAAGCUUGUGAGAGAGGAAAAGCAGAAUACCGCCGAAGCGCUGCAGACUUUGGCGGCGGUCCUGUAGGGUGAACUAUGCGUCAGGGAUAUUAGUGCCUCGGUAAUGGUGGCAUCUCGCAUUAUGUUGGAAUGUGUGCAGGGAAGAGACAGUCGAGAAAGCGAGAAUACCAAGAGAUGUACUUCAAUAGCACCCACCAGU